AUGACUUCUGAAAGUAUACCUUUUGAUCUAAGUAAACCUACACCAAAAAAAGUCCAGUGGGCUUUAAUGUGGAGACCGAAGAGUCCGAGGAAUUUACAAGGAAGGAUUAAAAAUCUGGGUUUUGGAAAUCACUUGAAUACCAAUGCCAACCAUCUGUACUCAGGUGUUAAAGAUUCUAGAAAUGGUGAUAUAAGAAAUAAUAGAUCGAUUAUGAGAUACUUGAUUGAUAGAAUAGAAAGUCGGUAUCCUGGAUGGACAGGUUCUUUAAAUGAGCUCAUCGAAACUGGCAAAAUCAAAAUGAACAAUUUGACUCAAAGUACAGACAAACUCUAUCCAUGUUUAAGAGAUUCUCUGAUUACGUUCAUUGAAAGUGGCAACCUGAAUUUAAAUAAUAUGAUACGAAAACUAGACCGUUUCUAUCCAGGUUCAAAAGAUACUUUAAUUCAAAUCCUCAGUAGCGGUGACCUCUAUUUGACUAACGUUGUCCAGAAAUUAUUAGGUCGUUAUUCCAGAAUCACAGAUUUUUUGAUAAAUGUUCUGAACAAUACCAAGCUUACCCAGAGAUUGGACAAUAUCUAUCCUGGAUUGUCAGAUUCAUUGAAAGGUCUCUUGAAGAAUGGCAAAUUGAACUUAAAUGGUCAGAUUAAAAAACUAGAUGAUCGUUAUCCCGGUUGGAGAGAAACGAUAAUUAAACUACUAAGUAAUGGUCAACUGAAUUUGUCUAAACUCAUUCAAACAUUAGACAGUCGCUUUCCAGGAUUAACAGAUGCUAUGAGGAAUAUCAUCCAAAAUGGAAAUUCGACACUGAGUAACCUAAUCAGAAGACUAGACGAGUUCUAUCCCGGAUGGCAGACAAUAUUUUUUUCGAUCUGAGAUUAUAAUCUAUGGAAGAAAGAUCCAGUGAAAAAUAUACUCAUGAUGUAAUAAACAUUAUCAU